AAUAACAAGGGCAGCGCAUCUAGCGCACGACAUUGCCCUGCCUUAUUGGAGGUGGGCGGGGAGGAGCUGGAGGGGCUCCGGGAACCCUCGACGACCCAGCCCCGCCGCCCGCCACCCCAGCGCGCAAACGGGAGAGCGGAGGUGCCUCGGUGGCUCUCUCUCUCUCUCCUGACACUCCAAGGCGGCGAUCGCCAUGGCGACUUGAGGCGAGGUUAUAAAGCGGCUCCGGGGAGCCGGCGCCUCGAGUCGCCGUCGGGCCAUGAGCCGCGCGGGGUACGAGCAGCAAGCCAUGCUGCGGCCGCGGGACCUGGGCCCGGGGGCGUCGACGCGCACCUUCCUGGAGGCCAUGAGCGCGGGCCGCCUGCACCUGGCGCGCUUCGUGCUGGACGCCGUGGACGGCACCAUCGUGGACUGCCGAGCCGACCGCGGGCGCACGCCGCUCAUGCACGCCGUGGCGCUCAAGGACCCCGCGUGGCGAGUGGCCUUCGCCCGGCUGCUGCUGGAGCGCCGCGCCGCCGUCGACCUGCGCGACGACGCCGGGCGGAGCGCGCUGAGCCUGGCCUGCGAGCGGGGCUACCUGGACGUCACCAAGCUGCUGGUCCAGUACGGCGCCGACCCGGACGCGGCCGACUCGCGAGGCUGGAACCCGCUCAUGUACGCCGCCUGGCAGGGCCGCGCGCCCGUCGUCGAGUGGCUGCUGCGCUCCUUCCGACGCCUCGGCCUCUGCCUCGAGCGCGCCGACCGCGCCGGCCGCACCGCGCUGCAGCUGGCCGCCAGCGAGGGCCACGGGCGCUGCGUGCGGGCGCUGCGGGCCUCCGGAGCCUUGAUCCUCGAGCUGCCCGAGCCGGCGGCGGCGUCCCCCGGCGACGGCUCGACGGCCCCUCGGUCGCCUCGCAGGGACGGCGGCGCCCACAGGCGGGAGCAGGACGACGAGGAGGAGGAGGAGGAGCGGGGCCCAGACGCCGCCGCAGCGCAGCCCGGCUCCGAGGCGGGGAAAGGGGGCGCCUCGCUGCGAGGCCGCCCGCUGAUCCGCAGGGCCACGGCGCCCGACUGCCAGAGCCUGCUCGGCUACUAGGCGGCGAGGGCGGGAAGCGCGCGCUGCUCUCGGCUCCGGCUGCGCGUCCACUUGGCGCGGCCAGCUCCCGCUUCGCCUCGCAGCCGUUGCUUCUGCCCGCGGAUCCAGCCUUGGUCGUCGUGUUCCCGACGUGCCGGCCGCUUCGUCAGUGACCAUUUGGACCAUUGCAUCGUUGCCCGCGGGCGGAUUCGGAGCGCCUCCGCACAUCCCGAGGCUCUCCCGAUUUGAACAGCACCCGGGAAGCGCAGGUGUUAGCUUUUAUUUAGUUGAAACAAGUAGCAAUGUGCACUGUAAUAAGGUGCGAUGAAUUGUUAUUUACUUCUUUCUCUUGUCAAGAAUGUUCUAGAAUGAUUGGGCAUAAGGGUCUCGUCGAUUUCAGCAAGAGGGUCGAAGUGUAUUUCCUUGAAAAUCAACCUAAAAGCACAAAAUGUCAUUGUCACCUACACAUUCAUCAGUUUCCGUUGCCCGACUGGAGUGUUGUUGCCAGAGCUAUCUUUGCCCAUCUCAAGAAUUUAUGUACCGUUUUGGGGCAAAUCUUGCAAAAUGUGCGGGUGGAAAAUCUCAGGAGCCUCAUCCAUGGAUGGCAAAGUAGCAUUUUGUCAAACCCUAAUAUCUUCCAGCUAUGAAAAAAAAUUGGUAACCUAUCGCUGUAUAGUAUACAGAGAACAGUCAAGUAAAACUAACGGUGAACCUGGCUAAAAGUGCUGAAAGAGUUCAGGGCACCACAGCAAAAUAAAAAUUUUGCAUUUUCCGAGUAUGCUUCUUUCUGUAAUGGGUGAAAUGGAUCAGUGGUCAUUUUGGUAAAGAACAAGGGUGUCUAUAUGAUGUCCAGAUUGCUACAUUUUCAUGGCAGUUUCUGUAAGGGCUUCUGAAGAUUUUGCACCAUGUCUGAUUCUUAGGAGAUGUUUUCUUGUCCACUUAUAUCUGUGUGGAUUUCUUUAUCUAAAUGGAAUUGCACUCCUGUACAUUGUCUUUGAAUCCAGCAAACAAGCCUUAAUAAGAUAGAAAUUUAUUUGUAACUAGAUGCCGCAUUUGCCUGAAAUGAUUUCAGUGGGGUGUGUUGGGAUGUUUGUGGCCUUUCACUUUUUGCGGCAUUUUUUGUUCAAGUUUUAUUUAUUUAGUGACAUUACAUGAACUCUGAAAGUAACAGGGAAGGACAAACAAGGUGUGAAGUGGGAGUUGUGUGAUCAGAUCAGCUGUUAUUUAGCCACAGAGGGGGAAAAUGAUAAGGGGUCAUGUUGUCCCUGUCUCCCCAGCUCCCUUCUGUGACUAAGGUAAAGGGAAGGUAAAGUUAAGGGAAGGUAAAGGACCUCUGGGCAGUUAAGUCCAGUCAACGGCAACUCUGGGGUUGCGGCGCUCAUCUCACUUUCAGGCCAAGGGAGCC